AAAUGCAGCUGCGCCAUUUCUCCUUUGUCCAUUGAAGAGAGUGAGACGACUUGCAACGGGAAAAAAUACCGGGGCUUUGCAACUUGUCCGUUUAUCGCGCAGUAGUUGGAAACUGCUGUUAUAUACUUAGCCACCGUUUUAUUUAAGGCGAAGAUAACGAACCUAGCAAGGCUUCGUUCGUUAAUCUGGUCGUACUAGUGCAUUAUGAGCCAAGUGGAUGCUAAUAAGAGCAAAUCUGAGUCCGCCAUAGAGUCAAGCCCAGUACAGAAGAAAAUCAAAAUGGAAGACACUAAAUACCUCCCAGAGCUACUGGCUGAAAAAGACAGCUUGGAUUCAUCGUUCACGCACGCUAUGAAACUUAUUUCUGCAGAGAUUGAGAGGAUCCAGAAAGGCGAAACCAAGAAAGAGCCAGAGAAGGAAACAUAUCUGGAUCUAUUUGCUACCAAGAACCUCAAACUCAAAGAGCGAGUACUCAUUCCUACCAAGCAGUACCCCAGGGUCAACUUUGUUGGUAAGCUUUUGGGACCUCAGGGCAGCACAAUCAAGAGACUCCAGGAAGAGACUGGUGCAAAGAUUUCAGUUCUGGGUAAAGGUUCCAUGAGGGACAAAAAUAAGGAGGAAGAGCUGAGAAAGGGCGGUGAGGCAAAAUAUGCUCACCUGUCCAUGGAGCUGCAUGUGUUCAUCGAGGUGAUGGCACCCAUACCAGAAGCCUAUUUGCGCAUGGCUCAUGCCAUGGAGGAGGUCAAGAAGUUCCUUAUCCCAGAACCUGGUGAGCAUGACCCGUACAUGGAUCCCCACUUCCUGAAUGGAUCUCAGGAUGGUUCAGGCAGGGGGCGAGGUGGUCACCUAGGAAGGGGCAGAGGUGGGCCACCUGGUGCUGGAGGACCAAGGGGGCGGGGAAUGCCACGUGGGGGCCCUCGAGGAGCAAUGCGUGGUGGAGCUCCACGUGGAGGACUAGGACGGGGCAACGCUCCUAGGGGUGCACCGUCUGGUAGGGGCGGACCACCUUCUACUCCUAGUAGAGGAGGCUCGGCUCCCCGCUCUAGACCACCUGCAGCAGGGGCUCCAAGGAUGCUCCCCUCUUCAGCCAUGUCUCACCAGCAACACCAGGGUCUUCCUUCAGCGUCACAGCCCAAAGCUGAUGCCUAUGAGGACUAUCCUCAAUAUGAAGAAUCCUAUGCAGAGCCUGCCUAUGAGGGAUAUGAUAGUUAUUAUAGUCAGCAAUCUGCACCUGCGGAUACUGAAUAUUAUGACUACGGACACGGGGAGGCGCAGGAAACAUCAUAUGAGCCUUAUGCUCAAGAUGAUUGGGACAACUCAUGGUCCAACUCCGGGGCUGGAGGCAAAGCCCCAAUGUCCAGGCAGUCAAAGGGAUCGUAUAGAGAGCAUCCAUAUGGAAGAUACUGAACAGCUACUGGUAGAGAGUUGCUAUGGCAAUGUCUCAGAUUGUAACUCUCUGAACUUUUCAAAAGUAAUUUCCCUCUCGUUUGCUCCUCUUUUUUUCUCUUUUUUAUGGUUUGUUUUAUUUAGUUUUUUUUAAACUCAGACGUUUUGUUGUAUGAUAGUGCCGGAGGAGAGACAUGAACACAAAGUUUUUCAUUGUUUACCUGUUUCCAUUUAAUGUUUGUUUCAGUUGCGUAGUUGGCAGUUGAGGUCCUAGUGACAUAAACCUAACAAAGGAACAAGAGUGAUAUUUGAUGGUUAUCGUUUCAGUUAAUUGUUCCUGAGCAAAAUGUGAUUGUGGCGAUAAACUCUUCUCACGUAGGCUGCAUUUUAAAAGUCCUUCAUGACUGGACAAAAAUUAUUCAUAAUGCCUCAGUGUAACUUUACUAUAACUAGAAUAGAUUUAGUUGCAAACUCAAACACCCUGAGCUGUUUUGAUUUAAAAACAAAAGUCCCAUAUAUUUGUUUAUACUACAAUACAAAUCUACUCUUGUGUAAAGUCAUAGAAUCUCCUAAAAUACUAUUGAAAUCCAUUUGACAAAGCAAAAUGCUUCUAUUUUUGCCACCCUUUCCAAUUGGUAUAUUAUGAUCUGUCGUUUUAUUACUUGCAAAAUAAUCGCUGAUGAUCGACUAAUUCUUGUAAAGCUUGAAGGAUUAACAAUCCUUACUGUGUGUAAGAAAGGCUGCAGCCGACUUAAUAUUUUGUACAUAACCUUUAGGACAACUGUGUAUGCUUUAAGCCGUGCCGUCUCCAAAAUGCAUAAUGCUUGUGUACCUUUUGGCUAAAUAGGAUACUAAAUAUAUCCCAAAAUGUUUUUCUGCAGUGCGUGUUUCAAUAAAGUUUCUAGUUUCUUUUUAAUCAAUCUAAACAUGGUAUUUUGCCUUUGUUGUACCAAAGGAAUGCCUUCAGUUUGUGAAAGUGGUCCUCAGUGGUUUCUCAACGCUGAAUAAGUUGUAUGUAUACACAUCAGCCUGAAAAAAAACAACCAAAAACAGUGUUUUGACAAGCUUAUCCUCUUCGUCUGUUUUCAAAACUUAUCUAAAUGACGCUUGUAAUGUCACCUUCAAAAAAAAAACAAAUAAAGCUGAUCAUUCCUUGA